AUGACUCCUGGCGUGCAGUAUCCGCUGGGUGAGCUGCCACUCCGUGCAGCUAUUCGCCGCUCGUCAAAGACUCCACCGUGCUCGCCGAUGAAGGAAUGUGCAACAGACAUACAGUCCGUACCCACCCAGACUUCGCCUGCCCUCUCAUGGGUCUCUGCAGAGUCGCUCGACAGCAUCAUCACACUUGCCAACAGGACGGAGGAGCAGGUGGAGCUAGAUGGACUGAUAUAUCGCCUUUGCCGCUCGCUGUACCGCGUGGCGACGAGAAAGUCUGCGGAAAUACACGCUAAAUCCGCUGACGGCACUUCUGCUAUGGUCGACGGUGAUGGAGGAAGGUUUUGCAACAUGCGUGGGCACGAGGACUGGUGUCCGCUACGCCAUCUCUUCGACCCCAAGAACUACUACAAGGCAAUGGGGACGUCCAACCCGCAUGUGGGGUGCACGUGUCUUGAGGACUCGCGAGGGGCGCUAAACGACCCAAUGGGUGUCUCGCAGUGGCUGGCGGAUGAGCUGAGUGUGACACGGCUCUCUGGUGGGAAUAGUAAUCACGUGUACCGCCUGGGGCACGCGUCGUUCCCCGGAAAGACGAUUCUGCUGCGGGUGUAUGGUGACGGGGGUGGGGAGGUAAUUGAUCGUGCGCGCGACACAAAGGCGAUGCGGCUGAUGAGCAAGGCUGAGCUAAGUCCCGCUGUGUUGCAUAGCUUUCACUGGGGGCGUGUGGAGGAGUUUAUGGAUGGUAUAUACACAUGUACGACUGAAAUGUUGCUGAGAUCUCCGGCGCUGUUGGCCGAUAUAUAUGAGGGAUUGUGUCGCAUGCAUGGGUUGGAUGCGGCGCCGUUUCUACCGGAGAACAUGAAUAAGGAUCGAUUUCCCGGCGCCGAAAAGAAUCAGUACGGGGAUGACAAUAAGCUUGUCUCUGCGCUGGAAGGACGUCAGGGGUACUACAGCACGAUGUUGCGUGAAAAGACUUUGGAGAGCGUGUGUCCCACGUCGUUCGAACGUGUGAGUUUUCGCUUGCUGCGCUUAAUGUACCCCCACGUGGUAGAGGAACACCGGCAGUCGUUGGUAGACUGGCUGACAGGCGAAAUCAUGUUUGUGCGUGAGGAGCUACAGCGGCUGGAUAUCCCUAUUGUAUUCUCGCACAAUGACUUGAACCCGGGCAACAUUCUGUUGUCGCGGCGGAAGGUGCCGGGUGGGAUGCUUGAGAACGACGGACUGAUGAGCAGCGACGAUGAAGUGACGGACGAGGUUGCGGCGGAGAGCACUGCACUGUCGACCCGCUACUUGACGCGCAAAGGUAAGAGUAAGAACCUCGUGGAACGCAACGGAUAUCUUUUCAUUGACUUUGAGUAUGCUGACGCGAACUACCGUUGCGUUGACCUUGGGAACACACUGUGCGAGCUGGACUACGACUACACGCGCGGCACGGAGGUUGGUGGACGCGGGUUCAUCAAAUACCUCUUCGUGUUUCCGCCGGCGGCGAAGGCAGAGGCAUGGCGCGGACUGGGCGAGGAGUACCCGCGCAUGCCGGAGCUCAUACACGACGCAUGGCUGCGCGGCACUGCAGACAAAAACGACAAGAACAACAACAACGACGAGGAGGAGGACGCAACAGACAUCGGCGCUGCUGCGCUGUUGGCGGUGCGGCGGUACUUUGCAACGCGCGACGGUGUUCCUGUCAGCGACGUCUCCCUCAGUAAGGCACAGCUGGGCGAGUUGCUGCUGGGCAUGCUCGCGGCGCACCUCUACUGGACACUAUGGUCGAUUGUGAUGGGGUGCGUCCCCAAUGAGUGUACGACGGAUGUGGAGGCGUUUGCUGUGGGUGGUAGCGGUCUGGAUUACAUGCGAUACGGUGACUGUCGCCUGCGGGAGUACAUUGCACUGCGUCAUUGGCUUAGCUGCAACGGAUUCAUUUAG